GAGGACGAGGACGACGAGGGCGACGAGGCCCAUCGGCCGCAGCUCCACGACCUCCGAUUCCGCCUCCUGCUCCUCCUCCUGCUGCUCCUGCUCGUCCUCUCGUUGCUGCCGCUGCUGCUGCUGCUGCUGCUGCUUCUGGGCUUUUGCUCGAUGAUGGCUUCUUCUUCCUCGUCCGCUGCGCUGCUCGCCCACGCCCGCCUCCUGCCUCGUCGCCUGCCCCCGCUCUCGCCGUUCGUCCGCCCAUGCUCUGCCUCCUCCGCCUCCUCCUCCUCCACACGCCAGGUCGAGCCUCCCAACCUCGCCCAGCUCUGCGACAAGGCUCGAAUUUCCCUCUCGGCCAAGGAGAUUGAGGAAUUCUCUCCGCAAAUUUCGAAGGUUGUGGACUGGUUUGCCCAGCUUCAGGACGUUGACGUAGAGAACAUCGAGCCAGCCAUUCGUGUUGGUGCUUUGGACGGGAAAAGCGCGUUGCGCGCGGACACACCUGUCAUUUUUGAAGAAAGGGAGACAAUGAUUGCUUCACUUCCGGAUCGUGAAGGACCUUACAUGAGGGUACCAAAGAUAUUGAAAGAGAAUGUGGAGUAGGGGUUGACUUUGUAUGGAAGACAUGCGUUGGAAUUGGAAAUUGCGGAGCAGAAAGGAGAUUAGUGUGAAGGAAGUGAGGGUUAUUGCGACAGGCACUCCUUUUGUAACCCAAAGGUAGAAUUAUGCUGUCGUCCAAGCUAGUUUCACCCUUCGAAGAGUAGUUAAUAGAACUACCCAGGCUUUCUUCCGACGGCUCGUUAGUUCCGACGACAUCCUUUUUUUCCUGGACCACCAGUUACAUUUAUUUAUAAACUUUGGGAGGGGAAUUCAGCAACCAGGGAGUCGAGCAGCUCUGGAGGUCUGUGAGGUCAUCUGGUAUGAGUUUGGCUCUGUUUCGAAGCAACAGUUUGUCUCAGUUUGUAAGUGUGUCUCUGGUGUACCUCCCUGCCGACGUUAAUGUCUUACAUUACCGCCAAGGGAACUCGUGAAUUUUGCCGCACUUGUCCUCCAAAGGUACAGAUUGCGAACCAUUCGGCUUGGUGUUAAGAAUCGAUUGUGAAGGAAAUAGUCCAGUAGCGGCAAUGGAUGUUCUCGCCUCAGGGCGGCUAAAUCCAUAUGGGUUCUUGCACGUGCAUUGUGCUCCUGUAAAGCUGGAGAGAAAGGAUUGUCUGAGGAAUCGGAGUAACCUGAAUCGACGAGUUUCAUCACGUGAUAUGGGAAGCACUGUGCGCUUUUCGGCUUCUCCUGAGUUCAAUUUCAGAUCAUGUAUUUUACAGUCGAAGUCUAGCGCUGUUUGCAAAGGCCAGACCUUAGGUUGCCGGAGGAACUUGUACAGCCAGACCUCGAAAUCUCUUACUUCUCGUGACGGGAGCUCAAGAGUGGUGGAUACGAGAGGCAGCAGCAACCACCACCAUUUUCAUCGGAAGCGAAUGAAAUGUUUGUGUCACAAGGUGACAGAAGACUGGGUCUGCCAUCUGUGCUCUACUGCUGUAAAUUCUUGCUCUGGAUUCCCAUUAGGGGCUUCCAGAAAUUCCAAAUCUCAUCUAGACCAACGUGUGAAUUUCAGACUAGAGAACGUAAGAACUUCAAACAAUUUUAUCAGGAAUAGAAAUCGUGCUUCUUUGUACAAUAUCAGGACAUCUUCUGCCAGAGCAGAUGUUUUCUUGGAACGGAAUCCAGAGGUCAUGGGUAUUGCAGGAGUGAGUUCACCCACCUUGGGUUUAUUGCCCUUUCGCACCCUUAGACAGAAGAGACGAAGCCCGUAUGUUUGCCACGCAGAUAGUGGAGCUUCGGAUAAUAUGAGCGAAUCUCCUCCUAAAGAGGAUGAAAUCGCAAGCAAGGGGGCGAGCACUUCCCCAAUCGAGAGGUUCUUUGCGUAUGUGAAGCAGGUGGAUUGGAUGGAUUUCAUCUUCAAGUGGCAAAAAGACGAACCAUUGUGGAACGUACCAUGGACAGGCCAUACUAUCUUCCAGGUCAUGGUGUUGUGGUUUGCCGCGUUCUGGGUCAUGGGUUCAUGGAUCAUCCCGAUUGCCGCUCAGCUUGCAGGUUUCAGCAGACACACACUCUCGUUCCGUGGUCAAGCCCUGUACAGCCUCAUCACCGACAUAGCCGAAGGCACGGUCGGCAUUUGGAUUUUGAAGCGGUGUCUAGCUCGGUUCCUCCCACUUCCCGAAGGAUGGUUCCCCAUCAACCUCAAAGGGAAAUGGCUGGUCGAGGCAUGCUGGGGCUGUCUGCUCUUUCCUCUGGUCAACAAACUUUCACAGUUGAACCUCUUCCUCCUUCCUCUCCCGACCCCUUUGACCACGUCUUACGUCGAGCAGUCCAUGAUGUCCAGAGACCCCGUGGCCACUCUGCUCUACGCCGUCGUGAUUUCCGUAUGCGCUCCUGUUUGGGAAGAGGUGAUUUUCCGGGGGUUCCUGCUGCCUUCCAUGACGCGCUAUCUCCCCCUGUGGGGAGCCAUAUCUGUCAGUGCUUUGGCGUUCGCCCUGGCCCAUUUCAGCAUGCAGCGGAUUCUGCCCUUGACGUUUUUAGGCCUGGUCAUGGGAUUCGUCUUCGUCCGGUCGCGCAAUUUGCUCGCCUCCAUCGUUCUUCACAGUCUGUGGAACGGCUUUGCAUUUUUGGAGCUGCUGUAAUAAAAAUCUGGCCCUUGAACCUUCCCCUCUGCACGCCUGCUUGUGUCAUGUGAGCCCGUCUCUUGCCACUUUUGUCUUCUUUUUAGGUCGAUGCAUCGAUAUCAUUCGAUAUCUCUACAAAUGGUGCUGUCUUCUUCUUCUCGGGGACUCGGCAGGGCAAACAUUGGAAGCAAAGUCUGGCCUUACUACUGGAUAUCCAACAGGGAACAGUAUUGCUACCAUAGAAGAAGACAGUCGAAGACAGGGAUGCGCCAAUGAACUGCUUGAGUGGUGACGGCGCCAAUCUCGUAGCGGUGAGAUGCUUUUAAUUUGGAUGUUCAGAGAACAAGAAGACAGUAAAUGUGGGUUCAGGGUUUAGGGUGUUGACGUCACCCAGAGAUAAAUGGGGUGAUGUCAACAUCCGUAGCAAGACGAAAGCGCCAACUUUGGAUUGCGAGGAUUUCUCCUAGUACCCGGCAUCCAAACGUAAGCCUCCUCUUAGUCUCUUGGUUCUCCCCCGCUCCUCUCUAACGAGCCAGGAGAAAUUAGUGAUGGUCCUUUUCUUAGUUUUCUUUGUUGUUCGAAAGAAGAAUGGUGACUCCACUUUCCCUGCGAGUGAAGGGUAUACUCAUUCGUCAAUAUAUAGUAAGGGGACGAUGUGGUGGUAGGACUCGGCCCCUCGCCUCCUCUUCGUGUUAGAUACCUGUGAUUUGUGGAGGUCGUUGUAAACUUGGGUGUCCAUUGAGGAGAGCCCCGUAAAAAGAGUUGGAUCUGCGCCGGGUACGUUGUGGUUACCCAUAUAUUUAGGCCAGCCUGCCCAUUGGGCUGUCGGGGUUGUCAACUUACAUGUACUACAAGAGUUUGGGGCUGAAGAAACGCAGGACAAAGGGGGUUGUGCCAGUUGUAUUGAACCAACAGCUGGAGUUUUUGCAGCAACCGAUGCGAGUGGACACGACAGGGUUUGUGCAAAUUUGGAAAUUGGGGGGCGUGUGAAGAAUCUGGGAGUGUACUCAUCACCUGAGUAAACUGCCGGGCUACAGGUUAACAGUUCAAAUAGUAUCCACCUCUGUCGCAGGAAACGAAGCCUGUCAAGAGGAUUGUCUCGCCUCACGUGUUUCUAGCCAGACAAGGCAGGCUUUCAACAGGAGCUAUCCUGCACCAAAGGUCCAGAAAGCUAUUUCUAAGUAGAACCCUGUUACCAGUCGCAACAUAUAUUUAGGCGAACUAAACGAAGUGGAUAAACCUCCGAAGAGGCAGAUACCUUCAAGCAUUAUGUCCCAUACCGGUCUCCGUCGCACGUACACCUAACUCCUAAACCUCCAGGACUGUGAGUAAGUAAUCACUUUGGCGAUAACCUGGCGAGUCGAGUCAAGGUGGCUGUCACAAAGUGCCGUAGAUGUGGCCGAGUAUCAUAGUGGUCAACGAUUCAGUUCUAGUUUAGCUUGGCCUGCGAGAAAAUUAAGUUUAGCUACUUUUUGGACUGCGUGAACGAGAAGGGAGGGUACAUGCAGUCACAGGUUCUUGUCCAUUAGCGCGUUUAAAUUCAGCAGACCCCUGAAUGAAUCUACAGGUACUUAUUUAGAUUCCCAAGUCGAGUAACCAAUCAUUGUUACUGGUAUGGGGACCACCUCUAACCUCGUACCUUCAGUGUGAUGAAGGCGAUGUGGAGUUUGCACCCUUACUCAUCUCUUUUAUCCCUGGAAUUUACGCCCAGAACCGUCCCCGUGUUCUUUGGAGUUUAACUUUGGUCGUCGCACCUGAGCGAGCUGGACAUUCUUACAAUGUAUGAUAAAAUUCUGUGAGACUUUUAAGAAAGAACCCAAAACCUAGAACCGAAAUACACCCUCUCAUAUUUCAUUGCUGUCUUCAUACGGGUGCGGGUCUUAGUUGCAGCUAGCAGUUCCGUCUCGAAGAACCUCAGUCAUAGAGUAGUCUACGAGACUCAAAACUCCAUUUUACAUGUAAAGAACCCAUGGACAAAGUCUGCACCGCCUGAUAUAGAACGUGCUCUACUGACCUCCUGUUGGGGCCAAGUGGAUAGCCGAAAAGAAGGGUUGACCCCAUCAAGCCAUACAAGGAAGAAAAUAUUCGCGUAACCAGGGGCUAUCCUGAAGGUGCACAUGUGGCUGUCUUACAGCGUCCAGUAUUCUAAACAUGGCAUUCCCUCUUUACUGAUUAUAUCAGUAAACACCAUAUGCAUGUAAUAGACCUCGUCGAAGACUUCGUAGAGAUCAGCUCCCUUGUUUCCCAGGGUGGAAUCUAUUCUAUCGUGAUUCGGCUUUUACUUUGCACCUUGGUGACGAAAUUUGAUCACCAUCUUAUUCAAUAUAAUGAAGGCCCCGGCUUUUGUUUGGGGUAUAGAACUCUU